CUAUAUAUUAACCAUAUACUAUAUGUGGUGCAUAGUAAUUUGCUCUCAUUUUGAUGAGACCUUUGUUCUAAGUAAUAAUUCUAAUGUUAAAAUAACAUAUUUAUUGAAACACUUUCAGCUUUCAGCGCAUCUCUCGAAGAAGCUGAAUUGCAUCUUAGACGGGUCCUACCAACAAUCACUCCUAGCGACAACCAAUCACAAUACUCGAAAAUGUCACAAGGUGCCAGUAGCCUAUGUGUAAGGUCCAGGAUGUCUGCCUCUGCUGCAUCAAUACAGGGGGCACCACCAUCUGUAGGAUCACCAGCGCCAUCUGUAGGACAGACUAUGCAUAGUCGUGCCCCAAAGAUAGGGGACAUUCCAAGGCAAAACCAUGUACAAGGCAAUGAUGAGCCUCAAAUCGUCCCUGAGACUAAAACUCACAAAAUUGCAAAUGGUACUGCUGUAAAUGGAGGCCUACCUCAUAGAAUGCCACCGUAUACCCGCAAACAAUCCAGUAUGACCAAUGAUUCUGGUCGCUGUAGCGUCGAUAAUGAUGAGACGUCUGAAGUCAUAAUGCAAGAGACACCUAGUGAUGGCGACAGGAACUAUAGGAAACAUUCAGCCUCUGCCGUUGAUAAAUCGGGACAUUUGUGUCUGCCGGGACCUGAAAUAAUUUCCACGUCAAACAUAGACCCUCAUUUGCAAUCUGGCCAAUCAUCAUCAUAUAAUAGUAUGAGCUCGGACAGACAUAGCCCCACCCCUUCUCAAGCGUCAAACUCUAGUCUCAUUGGCUCUACUCAACUGCAUAAUAUUAAACACGCCCCUAAAAUAGCUUAUAGCCAAUCAGAGGACAAGUUAUUAACAGGAAAUUCAGAUCGGGCGAUAUGUCCUCAUCUCCCAUAUUCACCAUACGGAUCACCUAAUGGCUCCCCUAGAAUGCGUCGUCAGCCGACAAAGGAGUCGCGACGUGUUUCUAGGACAGACAGUCAGGGAUAUGUACAGUUGAAUCAGUAUACUCUAAAAGACGAGAUUGGAAAAGGGAGUUAUGGUAUUGUGAAGCUGGCAUAUAAUGAAGAGGAUGACACACAUUAUGCAAUGAAAAUAUUAUCAAAAAAGAAGCUGAUAAAAAGAUCAGGAUUUUUCAAAAAGCCACCUGCCAGGGAAGGCAAGGGAAAACCACCACCUAACCCUUUAGAGAAGGUUUACAGAGAAAUAGCCAUCUUGAAAAAAGUUGACCAUCCAAACAUCGUGCGAUUGGUUGAAGUUCUUGACGAUCCUGAAGAGGACAAUCUAUAUAUGGUGUUCACGCUCUACACCAAGGGUGAGGUGAUGGUUGUCCCUACAGAGAACCCCCUGACAGAACAAGAAGCGUGGUCUUAUUUCAGAGAUGUCAUACUUGGCAUCGAGUACUUGCACUACCAGAAGAUAAUCCAUCGGGAUGUUAAACCCUCAAAUCUGCUGUUGGACAACAAUGGGCACAUUAAGAUUGCUGAUUUUGGAGUGAGCAAUGAGUUCACUGGAGGAGAUGCUCUUCUAAGCAGUACUGCUGGAACGCCUGCGUUCAUGCCCCCUGAGUCCCUGAAGGAUAGCAGGGACACCUACAGUGGCAAGGCGAUGGAUAUCUGGGCCAUGGGGGUUACUUUAUACUGCUUUCUGAUUGGUCGAUGUCCCUUCCAAGAUGAGUAUAUCUUGGGACUUCACAAAAAGAUACUCACGGACCCUGUUGUCUUUCCAGAAAAGCCAGUGCUAAAUGAUGAUGUGAAAGAAGUUAUAAUUCAGAUGUUGAAAAAGGAUCCACAUGAAAGGAUCACUCUACCUCAGCUCAAGGUGAAUAAGUGGGUGACACGUGGCGGUAUGUGUCCAAUGUUGACGACAGAAGAGAAUUGUAUCCUGAUUACAGUCACAGAUGAAGAUAUGUCCAAUGUCGUAAAAACUAUACCUAAACUUGAAACUUUGAUUCUGGUGAAGAGUGUUUUGAAACAGAAGUCAUUCAGGAACCCGUACCAGAAAGACUACAACAUCAAAGGACAGUCCAAGGCAGAUUUCCAGAAGACAGGGAGGUCGCAUUCUGCACCAGAGUCACUAGAAAUUAUGCAUAAAAGGAAAGUUUCUCAGGACACAUUGCUACCAAGUUUACGUGAAAAUGAUACCAAUGAUAAUCAUAUAAAUGAUGACACAAAGGAUCAUAUAAAUGAUGACAAGAAUCACCUCAAUGAUCGCAAAAAUCACCAUGACGAUGAAAAAAUUGUGCAAAGUUUACAAGAUGGAAGCUCUAGUCGACAUAAUACUCAAAUAAACCCAACUACUCAAGAACCAAUUACUAAAUUCAGUUUAGGUAAUGAAAGUACACAUGAGACUACACAUAAAGCUAAUAAGAUUACACAUGAACCUAAUACAACUACACAAGAAGCAGCUCUUGGAAACCUUACUCAUCAGUCACAAUCCUCAGUUGAUGAUAUUACGCCAAGUAGUGAGAAACUUGACUAUCCAGAUGAUAGAAUGGAAUCACCGAUGGAAAUUUCCACUCAUUCGGAAAAUUCCACCCAUUCAGCAUGCUAACACCCCUCCAAAUCAUAUGAACUUGUCAAUGGAAAAUUCCACUCAAAUAAUUUAGUAAUUGCAGUACAAACUGCAAAGGAAUGCAGUGCAUUAUAUAAAAGCCCCUCUCGAAAUAAUCAUAGGAACAUAAACUUCAACAAUAAAAUGGUUCGCUUUAUCAAUAGGAUUUAGGCCAAUAUAUAGAUGGCAGUAGUGGUUAUUAUAUAAAACAGAUUGAUUGUGCUGCCAUCUUUAUUUAAAAGCGCAGUACAAUCCAGCUUAGUCAUGUUAGUCAAGAUUGCAACGUCUUUUGAGACUGAAAAAGAUGAGUUUACAGUGAACCAUUCAUAUCAAGUUUUAC